AUGUCAGCUCCCUGGGGAGCUCCUGACUCAGCUACAUCACCUGUGCUAACCCUCCAACCUGGCCAGCAGCUGAUAGGUUACCCUCCAAGCGGUCCUAUGGGAGAGGUAGUUACGAUCGAGCAGCGCAAGAUCGUCAUUCUUCACCUCGAGCGUGAUAGUUUGACGGAGGAAACUGUCCGUCAACUGCUUGCUGAGCAUGCCGGGAUCGGAAGUGCUACAUCCACUGCAUCUGCCGGCGAAGGCGAAGAUAUAGAAAAGAUUGAGAUCCCUAUCAACAAGGAUGGCCGCGCGAGGGGUACUUCUCUGGUUACUUUCCGGACUGCUGAGCUGGCGUUCAAGGCAAUUGCCGCGCUGGAUGGACGACAAAUCGGCUCUGGCAGCAGCGGGGGCAGACGCCUUGCGGCACGGCUGGCUAGUGAGGGUGUUUCGACCGGCAAGGGCUUUGGAGAUCGUCUGGGAUAUCGGGCCGGCAAACCCGCUUAUCAACAGCAAAAUCUCCUGGUCGACGUCCGUCUGCAGCAUCGCCAUCCCCAGCUUCGUCAUCGGAUGUGGCUAGCCUAA